GCACCAGCCCUCAACCCGAUCUGUCCACGCGACCAUGGCGUCAAUUACGUGCCGUUCAAAUUUCCCUUCUUCAGCAAGCUUCAUAUAAAGCGGACCUCUGGUGCACGUCCGUGUACCAUCUGGAAAAUCUUUCCGGACAAGAGUGUGCUGCCACCAGA